AAUAAUAGGACCAAUAACGAACGUAUACUACUAUAAUAACAUUUGAAAGAUAUUUUUGUAUGUAAUAUUUAUCAAUUUGAUGACAACAGGAUGUGUGAUUAUUGUUCUUGGAUAGAACAAAUUUUAGCAAGAAUAAAUGUUGAAUCAAAAGUAUUACAAGAAAGGAUACCACCACCACGCGUUGAUCCUACCAUUAUAGUUCAUGGAGGUGCAGGAAGAAUACCAAAAACGAAACGUACAUUUAUGUUAGAAGAGGUAAAAAGUGCUGCUUUAGAGUCAUAUCAAAUUCUAAUAGAAGGAAAUACAGCUGUUGAUGCAGUUGAUACAGCAAUUUCACGCAUGGAAAACACAUUGUAUUUAAAUUACAUGAAGGAAACAUAUACGCAUACUAACAAUGAAAUUAUUAUGGAUGCAGGUAUAAUGACUAAUAAUCUUGAUGCUGGUUGUGUAGGUGUUGUUUGCGGUAUUGAACAUCCUAUCAAGUUAGGUAAGAUCAUAAUUUAUGUAAUUGUUUCGUGAUAAUUACUGAAACAAUAUUUAGCAAGAGAAGUCUUAGAAAAUACGGGUCACGUGCUUGUCGUUGAAAAUGGUGCUCAAAAGUUAGC